UUUUUUGUACUCGCUCAGGUCGCAUAUAGCUGUUUUCACUAAUAGUAAGUGAUGGAAAUUUUCAGUCAUAUGUGGCGAUACGUACGGCUUCAUCUGAUCUAGGUUGCGUUAGAAGCAGUGUGUGGAUUAAUUUUGAUCGAUUCACUCGGCUGGCGUUGAAGAGUCGUUUGAAAGGAGCCGAGUCGCUGGGAGUUACCGCGCUGACUCGUGCGGGCUUUCAGUUGUUCACAUGGAGCCAAGUUAGAAUGGAUGUGUCGGAGUUGUCUUACUUUCUCCUUACGUGAAACUAUGAAAAAAGACUAUUUGUGUAGCUGCCUUUGGGGUGCAGAAGACCUAUCAUAAACGGUUUGAGAUGAAGAAGGACAUUGACACAUUAAUAGCUGAAGAACGGGCUGAGAUCAUCUCAAAAUAUGAGAAGGGCAGAACGGAGGGCGUUCACAUUAACCCUUGGGAGGAUGCCAACUACAAUCUCUACAAGGUCAUGGACCGCUUUGGCUUCCUGCAUGAGGAGGAGUUACCCACACAGAGUACAGUGGAGGAGAAGCAUAAAAAUCAGGAGAUUGAAAGGGUGGAGAAAUGGCUUAAGAUGGUGAAAAACUGGAACAGGUACCAUAACAGUGAGAAGAUGAUUAAGCGUGUGUAUAAGGGGAUUCCCCUGCAGCUGCGUGGCCAGGCCUGGGCUCUCCUGCUGGAGCUGGAUCAGGUGAAACAGCAAAAUGAGGGGAAAUAUGAGAAAAUGAAGGAACAAGCCAGGAACUUCUCAACAGAAAUCAAACAGAUAGACCUGGAUGUCAACAGGACUUUUAGGAAUCAUGUAAUGUUCAUGGAGAGAUUUGGAGUCAAACAGCAAGCCCUGUUCCAUGUGCUGGCAGCGUAUUCGGUGUACAAUACGGAGGUGAGCUACUGCCAGGGCAUGAGCCAGAUUGCAGCCAUUUUACUGAUGUACCUGAACGAGGAGGAUGCAUUCUGGGCCCUGUCUCAGCUUCUCACCAACCAGAAGCAUGCCAUGCAUGGAUUCUUCAUCCCUGGCUUCCCCAAACUGCACCGCUUCCAGACUCAUCAUGACCAGAUCUUGGCUAAACUUCUUCCAAAGCUCAAGAAGCACUUGGAUAAGGAGCAGAUGACUACUGGUAUAUACACAACCAAAUGGUUCCUGCAGUGUUUUAUCGACAGGACACCGUUCACGUUGACUCUGCGUCUCUGGGACAUUUACAUUCUUGAAGGAGAGAGGAUUUUGCCUGCCAUGGCUUACACGGCUCUUAAAAUCCACAAGAAGUGUCUGUUGAAGAUGCCUUUGGAGGAUCUGCGAGAGUUUCUGCAGGAGAGCAUCUCCUCCUCCUUCCAGCUGAGCAAUGAUGCUGUUAUAGAGCAGCUGCAGAACGCCAUGUCUGAGCUACGAAAAAUGAAGUUGGAUCUUCCUCCUGCACCUAAAGGUGAUGAGCUACCGAAGAAACCUCUGGGUGUAGAGCGUCCAAUUGUGCUAACCCCUAUAACCUCUGUACAGCCAGCCAAAGAUGCUGACCAACGCCCAGUUCACCCUCAAACAAAUAGCCCCACCAUUCAGAAGCGGCUUCCACCUACGCCUCCAGCCAGAGCAGUAUCCCUGCACCCCCAGCCACAGUGUCCAGAACUCCAAAUCUCAUAUUCACAGCCGGAUAUGAAAAGCCCUGAGACUGGUGCUGCAGAAGAGAGGCUGGUUUCCUCUUCUGCACGUAAUUCUCUGUCACCUGGGAGUAGAGAGAACCUUUUCCAGGCAGACUCUGGUGAAUGGCCUCCUCCAUACCUGCCCUCAGAGAAUGAGGUAUACAUGGAGACUCUAAUGUAUACAUGUAUACAGGUGGACUCUCUAAAUCUCCCUGAACUGCCUCCACCUCCUCUACCCUGCCUCAACCCAGAGUCUGGGAUUGGUCUUUCACCCUCAGAGGGCUCGUUCCCACCAGCACCAACCAAACUGGACCUCAUCCAGGAGGAUCUGUCUACAUCACCAUCUUCCUACAGAGCACAGCGACAGUAUGGCAAGUUCCCUGUCAAUUUUUACAUCCCGGGAUCCCCGGGUGCUCGACGACCCUCUGAACACUCUCAUUAUGACAAUCUGUCUGAGGAAGAAGAGCAGUCUAUAGAGAAGAUUCCAGGAAACCAGGAGAACUUGGGCCUCGCUUCUCAGCCCUGGCCUACUCCACCUAGCUUGUUUUACAUUCCUGACUCGGCUCCAGCUCCACCUCCACCUCUAAAGCCAGCCACAGAACACCUUGACCCUCAUGGCUGUGUGACAUCAAACUGCGCCUUCCUUCAACCUCCGCCUGAGUUUACAGACCCGCCGUCCGCUGUUUCUUCUCCUCUGCUACCUUACACAGCAGUCCAGUCUGCGCAGAACCAGAACAACGUCUACAGGAAUCAACUGCAGCCUCCCAGGCUGCCAAUAAAACCUGCAGCACUUUCCUCCCAGCCCAAACCAGUGUGUGCUGACUUUAACCGGAUGCAUGUCCCAAAUCACCAACCGCCAAAGCCUGUGACCUUCUAGCACAGGAAACUGUGCACUCUCAUUUGUGCCAUUGCAAUAAAAUUAAAAAAAAAAAGAGGCCAUGUUGAGUGUCCAUGAUGGUUACGGUUUUCAGUGUUGAACCCCUUUUUAAAUUCUUAUGUUUGUCACCUUAUGGUGCUCGAGAAUUUGCGACUCAUUUUGUGUUUAGUAAUAUUUAACGCAGCAUAUUUUGCCUCAUUAGGGCGAGUGAGUGAGUAAGUGAGUGAGUAAUUAUAUUCUUCUGUUUCUAUUUGUUUUGUUCCCUUUUUUUUUUUUUUUUACAAAUAGUAAGCCAGUUGUCUAUUAAAACUCUGAUUUGUUUACAAUGCAAAGGUAAACUAGAUUAUAAUAAGGGUGCCAUAAUUUUGUACAUGCAGCAAGCAUACACCAUAGUACUUUCAAGAUAAUCUACAGCACACACAUUCCUCCCUUUAGGCAUUUUGCAAAGGUGUCCAAGAAACAGUUUUUCUAUAAAUUGGUGGCCAUAAAAGUGUUUAUUGAAAUAUGUUGACUGUGUUUACAGUCGCUGUUUAGACAGCGUCAUGUGAAGUGUCAAAUGAGUACCUUACUGUUAAAAAAGAAAAAAAUAAUGUUAAGUGGGCAUAUUUCCGAGAAACUGAGCGUUGACGUUACUCCUCUGUGGUGUUUUGUGAUGGUCAUGUUCAGGACUGGAGAUGGCAUGCGCCUCUGUACGAGUCUGACCUUGAUCAGUUAUUUUUACAUGGAGUUUUUGCACGAUUGAGCAGUAGCGCCAUCGUGUGGAAGAUAAUCGUUCUUUAAAGUAGAGUGGAGCAAUGACAGUAUCACUUUGAAUUCAAUAACCUCAAACACUUUUUCUUUAACAUUACUAAUCUGAAUCCUGGAGUCAAUUACACCAUCCUGAUAUCUGCUGUUGCUGGAGACAAUAUAACAAGUAUGUUUUAGAGAACUGUGUUCUCAUUGGAUGAUAAAAGGAAUGUCAUGAAGUGGUAUUUCUUUUGCACUGUUUAUUUUUAUUACAUGAAUUAUUUAAUAAUGUUCUGUUUUUGUGUUCCUCUGGUGUAAAUACUUUAUCACAGCAAACCAAGAUGGACUUGUGUCUUGUUUGCAAUGCCAUGCAGACAGUAAAUGAUAUUAUGAAAAGCUUAAAAGGGAAGAAAAAAAAAAACUUCAGUAUGUGUGUUUUGUCUUUGUUUUGGUGUAAAAGUAAUCUUGAGACAGUUUACAGUUAGAGCAUUUAUUAGAUAUUUAUAUUACUGCUUUGUCGGAUCUUUAGUAGUAGUGCAGCGUGUGAUCGCCCUAAAGCAGAACUGCAGGCUCGUUCAAUGCAUUACAUCACACAAGAUCACACUUCAACUCUUGGAAAAGUGCGACACAGUGCAGUCUUAGUCAGAAUUUCAAAAACAAAUAUUUACCCUAUCCCCGCUCACUUUAAAUACAGUCUUUACACACCUGAGUUAAGUAAACAAGAUUAUACAUGUACAUGAAAAACAGAAAAAGGCAUUUCAUUGGUUCAGAGUGCUUUGGUAUAAUUAAAUCACAGUAAUAUGGGUCAGAAUAUUGUGCUUGAGCUAUAACUUCACUUUCUGACAUAAUCAGUUCCAAAAAUAAAUCACUUCAUUAUCAGUAAGAAAACAUACAAGCAAACAUGGAAGUGCAAAGUACAGUAACAGUGUAUCGAGAUAUCUUCUGAGUGUUAUUGCGAUUGUUGUUUAAAACUCCUCUCCAUAUGAACCUUUAAUAAAGCGCACACAUGAAGGUUGUUCAUGUUAGUUACUUCUGAUAGGAAGAUGGAUAAAAGAAAUGUGGGCAUGUCCCUGUCAUCACCUGCAUUCUGAAUCUUACCUUCUAUGUACUUGGGUGUUUCUUGAAGCGAAACAUUUGUCAAAAGGCACCAUGCAGCCUGAGAAUGUAACACAGCCUUGAGGGAACUGCGAGCAAGUGGAGAUCUGGAUGCGGUUUGUUUUGCAACUGGAUUUGCUGUUACUGUUACGAUGCUGCUGCUGGCUUUGAAAGUCUUUGCUGGGAUCUGAGAGG